UGACUGAGGGAUAUAUUUGAAUGACAAUACUUUAUGCUGUGCAAUCACACAGCUGCCCUGUGUGUGUUAUUUUUUAAAAUAAAAGACAGUGCUGAACUGAGGGACAUUGAGCACUGAGCUGUCACCCCCAUCCACCGCCAACAUGACUAUGGGAAAGAUAAUCUUCUACGAGGACAGGAACUUCCAGGGUCGCUCUCAUGAGUGUAACAGCGACUGUGCCGACCUGCACUCCUACUUCAACCGCUGCAACUCCCUCAGGGUUGAGAGCGGCUGCUUCAUGGUCUACGAGCGCCCUAACUACAUGGGAAACCAGUACUUCGUGAGGAGGGGAGAGUACCCCGAUAACCAGCGAAUGAUUGGCAUCAACGACUGCAUCAGGUCCUGCCGUAUGAUCCCCAUGCACCGCGGCAACUACAAAAUGAGAAUGUACGAUCGUCCUGACAUGGGCGGCCAGAUGAACGAGCUGAGCGACGACUGCCCCAACGUUCAGGACCGUUUCCGUAUGUCCGACAUCAACUCCUGCAACGUGAUGGACGGCCACUGGCUGAUGUACGACCAGCCCAACUACAAGGGAAGGCAGUACUAUGUGAGGCCCGGUGAGUACAGGAGGUUCAGCGACUGGGGAGGCCAGAGCCCCAAGAUCGGCUCCCUCAGAAGGAUCACCGACUUCAACUAAACCACAGCUCCAUUUUAAACUAUCAACUGUCACUCUGUCCACAAUAAACUUUGAUUCGUAAUCAAAA